UUGUAUCACAAAAGUUGAUAAAAGACCAACUGAUAGGCUGGGUAGUCUUUCCUGGCUACCCAGUGUGAGUUUAUGUACAUGUUUUGGGUAUAAAACGUAGAUCGAAUUAGAAACAGCUUAUGGACUUGUGUCAACCAAUUUCGUAUCGGCGUGUUGUACACUUUUUGUAUUAAAGUGAUCGUUUUAUUUUUGUCAUUUGAACUUGAGCUCAUAAAGGCUUUUUCUAAAGUAUGUGAUCAAAACAAUCUGGUUGUCCGUGACAACACCACAACACCCAGCGGAACCUCCGGUGGACCAUUAUGACAUCACAAUGCCCACUCCCCUAUAUAAGUCACCGCUCCUCAGUCCAGUGCUCAGUGCUGAUCAGAGAGUCGAGCGUAAGCAUUACCUUGUAAUCACUGAGCAAGCACAGCAGCGUUUUACCCAGGUAGCGUUUGUUCUACUAUUGAGCAAGCAAACGAUGGGGAGGAGACGUGUGAGGAACCGGAAGAGGCAACCGAAACCUGAGGACCUCAUCCAACAGGAGAGCCUCCACCAGGAGAGCCUCCACCAGGGGUCCCUCCAACAGGAGGGUCUCCAUCAGGAGGGUCUCCAACAGGAGGGUCUCCACCAGGAGAGCCUCCAUCAGGAGGGUCUCCAUCAGGAGGGUCUCCAACAGGAGAGCCUCCAUCAGGAGGGUCUCCAUCAGGAGGGUCUCCAACAGGAGGGUCUCCACCAGGAGAGCCUCCAUCAGGAGGGUCUCCAACAGGAGAGCCUCCACCAAGAGGGUCUCCACCAGGGAUCCCUCCAACAGGAGGGUCUCCACCAGGGGUCCCUCCAACAGGAGGGUCUCCAUCAGGAGAGCCUCCACCAGGAGGGUCUCCAUCAGGAGUCCCUCCACCAGGAGGGUCUCCAACAGGAGAGCCUCCAACAGGAGUCCCUCCACCAGGAGAGCCUCCACCAAGAGAGUCUCCCCCAAGAGACUCUCCACCAGGAGAGACUCAAACAUAUGGUAAUCAUCGUUUACCUAAGCAGACACCUGGUCACAGACAGCGGUGAGGGACUCCAACCGGAGGGUCUCCAACCAGAGGGUCUCCUCCAGGAUGGACUCCUCCAACGGGAGGGACUCUACCAGGGGGGUCUCCAACCGGAGGGACCACAACCAGAGGGACUCCAGGCGGAGGGACUCCAAGAGGAGGGACUUCAUCAGGAGGAUCUCAACCAGGAGGGACCCCACCAGGAGGGUCUCCAACCAGAGGGCCUCCAACCAGAGAGUCUCCACCAGGAGGGUCUCCAACCAGAGGGUCUCCAACCAGAGGGCCUCCAACCAGAGGGUCUCCAACCAGAGGGCCUCCAACCAGAGGGCCUCCAACCAGAGGGCCUCCAACCAGAGGGACUCCUGCCAGAGGGACUCCUACAACGAGAGGGACUCUACCAGGGGGGUCUCCAACCACUGGGACCACAACCAGAGGGACCACAACAGGAGGGACCCCAACAGGAGAGUCUCCACCAGGAGGACCUCCAACAGGAGGGACCCCAACAGGAGGGACUCCACCAGGAGGGCGAGCUGAGGAGGGAGAGGACACCAAUGAUGAGGACACCGGGGGUCUUGGAGGCUGAGGAGGACGCGUUAGAGCUGGAGAUGCCAACUGACAAUGGCAACCACCACGUUGUCGUCUGUCAACGUCCCAUUGACGCCGUGGUCUUGAUCCUCAACCAGGAUCAACCGCCAGCCACCGCCCUGCCAGGUGUAGUAGCGAUCGAGGAGAAACCUUUUGUCGUUAUGGGCUGUACAGAACCUGUGGCUCCCCCUAACAACACUGAAAUCUCGGUCAUACCCGACGAAGAAGGGGAGGAACCUGUACAGGAGCCCAAAAGAAAGAGCCUCGGGUGGAGAUUCUUCAAUUGGCUCUGUGUGGUGAAGGAGAAGGAGCCAAAAAAUAAGAGGAACGCCGGGACCUACCUGAAGGAGGACACGGAGGAACACCUCAUCUCCAGCAAAGCUGAUAAACGCCGGGAGCAGAAGGAGGCUCAGAGGCUGAAGGAGGAGCAGCGCUACGAGCAGUGGGCUGCUGAACGGGGCCUCAGCGAUGCAGGAGAGGGGCCAGCAGACGGGCCUAAGAAAAGGAUGACCAGAUUGCAGAAGGUGUCUUUGGGAUUGGUCGCCCUGUGCCAAUAAGCCGAUCACCUCCAUCCGGCCACCCCCGGUGCGGGUCACCUGUACAUAUAUACAUAGAAGCAUAAUAAAACUCAAAGAAUACAAAAGAAUACAAAAGAACACAAGACAAUACAAGACCACUUUUGGUCCGAAGUCUGUGCUGCAAUUUCGAGCUUAAAAAAAAUCAAAAUAAAACUCAAAGACUCGAAGACAGCAUAGCUCUAUGGACCAAUCUCCCAUGGCCAUGGGAUCCCCAUCAUCUCAGGGCGUUUUUCACAGGACAACAGGCCAAGAAAAGAGCAUCUCAAAAUGGAAGCAUCAACUGUAUGUUUCCACUGCCUGUCAUUCUGUGUAUUACACUUUUGUAUUUGACUGUACUAUUUAUAUUCGAUGACAACAACAUCCAAUAAAAAAUUCUUUGA